UUCGUGCUCUUAACGGUCCUUACUCACUCGAGCUCUCCUCACAGCCUCCUUCACAGGAAUCAACGUCCAGUCGUCCUUCGUCCUUGUUUUUAGCUACGUGUUCGCGUCGUGUGUCCGUUCUGCCGUUCGUGCUCGAUAAUUAAAAUGAAGUACUUUGUUGCCAUCGCUCUGCUGUUCGCCGCCGCUCAGGCUGUUCCCAUUGAGCUGGGACACUACGCUCCGGCGCUGGUGCAUCAUGCGCCCAUCCUGUCCCAUGCAGUCCAUGCCGUCCACGCCGAGCCAGUGGCCUAUCCCAAAUACUCCUUCAACUACGGCAUCAAGGAUCCCCACACUGGAGAUAUCAAGUCGCAGGCUGAGGAGCGUGAUGGUGAUGUGGUGAAGGGCCAGUACUCCCUGGUUGAGCCCGAUGGUUCGGUGCGCACCGUUGACUACACCGCCGACGAUCACAACGGCUUCAAUGCCGUCGUCCACAAGACCGCCCCCACCAAGAUCAUCGCCCAUGCGCCCGUGCUGCAUGCCGCCCCCGUGUUGGCCCACGCCCCCCUGCUGCACCAUUACUAAAUAGCGGGAGCCUGACUUAGUCACCAAGGUGCUCUCCCUCUCGCUCUCAUCCAUCCACAAACAGAAACUUCAUAGGAACAACAAACAGAAAAACGAACAAAAAACCACAAAAAAAAAUCAAAAACAAUCAACGAAAAUGAAAAUUCUUUUGUAAGUAAGCGUAGCUAAGAGUUUAGUAGACAGGGGCCGCCUUAGGGGGCGUGUCCCGGCACCCGGCUGAUCCUGGCAUGGCACAAGGACGAAGGAAAAAAACCGAACAGUAAACAAACAGAAAUUCAUAACGACUUGGCAUUCGGAAUGACUUGAUCGCGGAUGAUGAACCCAUAAAGGAUAACAAUCGGAAUUGGAGUGACAAGUUUUUCCGCUCGAUAUAUGUUUUAUUUGUUUGUAUAUAUAUAUAUAUAUGUAUGUACGAUUAACCAGAACCGAUUUCGCUGGCAAACUUUUGCACGCAGAGCCCAGAAAAAUCCACUUUAAGGAUAACAAAGGCUUCUCUAGGGACUUCUCCUCAUUCUGUACAUAGAACUUUAUUUAUACGCUUAUUAGCUCCAUCCUUUUCCCAUGCUCAACUUUUGUAAUAUAUUUAUGACCGUCUCUCUCUCUCUCUCUCUUCUAUGCUAUACAUUUUCUAUUUCUCUACCUAUCUCCUUUAGAAGCCUUUUGUCAGUUACUGUCAAACUGUGGCCAGCAUCCUUAAACUGCCACGCCCCAUUGAGAGCAACGGUGGGCGUGCUAAAUUGUGUGCCAUUGCGGGAUGGCUGAAAGUUUGACAGGAUCUGUAAAGCAAAGUGAUCCUUGGAGGGCAGAAGAUUUGCCGGUGAUGGGCCGGUCAUUGUGCAUUAGUAGCUAGUACCUUAGAACUCCCCCGCUGUUAUCCUCGUGACCUCAUUCCGCCUCUUUCUUCCACUCUCACCCAUCUCACUCACCGACUUUCUAUCUUUUUGUAUCUCUCUCUCUCUCUCUAUCGUUAUAUCUCUCACUCACUCACUCACUCUCAGUCUGACACCUUUGUAUCUAGUUUCAUUUUUUGCAUUUAGUAUUGUUCACAUUUAUUGUGUAUUUAUAAACAAUUAUGCAGCUUAAUUAUAAACAACAAACGAAGAAAAGACAUACGUAAAAAAGCAACAAAAAAAUAAAUAAACAUUGUACUCAAUUAGGAGGAUAAAUGAAAAGUAAACAAACUCUCACAUGUCUCUCACGUCUCAAAGGUUCAUUUGAGUCUUACACUUAUGUACUAUAUACUCCCCAUAAACAUUUGUAUGCAAAAACAACGAGAACAACCACAGCAGCAAACAGCAAACGAAAUGCGAAAACGUUAUUAUGGAAAUAGAAAGAAAAAAACUUAAAAAAAAUAAAUAAAAAAUCAUAUUUAAAAAA